CAAGAGCCAUUAUAAGAAAAAAGGUGGAGGAUGCUGGUUUGUUAUGCAGGUGUCAAUCUGUACUAAUAUACAUGCUAACGAAAGCGCCCAGUACACUAAUACAUUAAUCAUUCAUAGUUGGCCAUAGAUUUGUGAAGAUCACUUGCCUUCACUGAUCAAGAAUGGCACAUGUUCAUAUUUUAUACGAAAAGGCAAGGAUUUUUGCGAAAUUCUCUGACAUCAGUCUUGGGAACAGCUCUAUUCCUUUAUUGUUUCGUCUGCUCUUAAAUCUGGUUGAAUGUGGCAUUGAAAUGGUAUAAAUUAAACCAGCUAAAGAAAGUGGCUUGCAAGCACAUCAAGGAAUCGUUCUUAACUUCUUCUGAAAAGUCUGCAAUGAUGAAAAACGACACUUUUACCAACAAUGAAUCAAAUAACAGUUCGCUGUCACUCUUCUACAUCGUUCUUGCACCAUUGAUAGCGUUCAUUGCUGUAGUCGGAAAUGCAACAGUGAUCAUCUUGAUUUUGAAAAGGAGGCGACUCCAUGUGAUGACUAACUAUUUUGUGGUAUCCCUUGCCGCGGCAGAUUUCUUGGUAGGGUUGUUUCUUCCUUCCUUUAUCGUCGCGUGUGAUUUUUGGUCCGACUGUAAAAUCACCACUUAUUACAUGUUCUUUAACUCGUUUACUUUGGCUUCAAUAGCAAAUUUAUUCGUCAUGACAGUGGACCGAUAUAUAUCCAUUGUCCAUCCACUGCGUUAUCAGUCUUAUGCCACUUCAAGUCGACUUUUUGCUGCCAUGUCAGCAUCUUGGAUCAUCCCAGCGCUUUUGUCGUUCACUCCUCUCUUCUGGAAAUUUUCAAGCUCAGAAAAAGUCAAGAAUACAGCAAUUAAAGUUCACGCAUUUAUUGUUAUCACUGCAUUUGAGCUAGUACCCACGGUUGUCAUGCCAGCAAUGUAUGCCCACAUUUUUCACACCGCAAGAAAACACGCCCGGCAGGUAGCAGCGCACAGAACGCAGCUUCAGUUCAACGACACAUGCAGUCAGGUUUUCAGUGAAAGGAGCGGGCUAGAAAUAACAACGCCGAUGGGAAAGAGAGUUUCUUUACAGCGAAACAAAAGAGAAAGGAAGCCCGACGGUUCGAGUAUUGCCGUUUUGGGAGCUGUUAUCGGUCUUUUUGUGCUGUGUUGGUCUUUUGAUACCGUUAUUUCGUUUUGCAGUAAAUUAGAAUUGUGCGUUAUAAGCGAUAGCCUUUUUAGGGUAUCUGACUUGAUGAUUUUUGUGAACUCCGCUAUAAAUCCACUAGUUUACGCCUUUUUGAAGAAGGAUAUCAAACGAGAACUUAGUGUUACGUUUUGCUGUACCUCAAGUGAUUUUGAGUGACUACUAUUACUUUAGCUUUCUCAAGGGUUCUCGUUAUCCAGUUUAAUGAGCGUUUGAAGUUUUCUUACACCUGUCAUGA